GAGUGUGAGCAGGAGAGGAGGGGGCCAAGGGAAGAAGCUGGGACCACCUGGGAGAGGAAUCUAGGCCAAUCCACCUGCACUUCUCCCUCACAGAACUCUCCACAUGAAGACCCUCCUGCUGUUGGUAGUAAUCAUGGCCUUGGGCCUGCUGCAGGCCCAGGGGAAUUUGCUGGAUUUCCGGAAAAUGAUCCAGUUGGUGACAAAAAAGAAACCCGUGACCAGCUAUGGUUUCUAUGGUUGCUACUGUGGCCUUGGCGGCAGAGGAACCCCCAAGGAUGAGACAGAUUGGUGCUGUGCUGUACUGGACUGUUGUUAUAAACGUCUGGAGAAACGUGGGUGUGGCACCAAACUUCUGAGCUACGACUUUGCCUACCGUGGGAGCCAAAUUGUCUGCGAGAACCAGGACUCCUGCAGGAGUCAGCUGUGUCAGUGUGAUAGAACGGCUACCUACUGUUUUGAGAGAAACCUGAACACCUAUAAUACAAAGUACCAGUACUACCCCAAUUGGAAGUGCAGUGGGACAGCCCCCAGCUGCUGA